GGACGAAGACGAAAACCCAAACAAACCCCAUCUCAUAUGGACGACAGCUACGAGUACGAGUACGAGAACGACUCGUCGUCUGAGUCCAGCUCCGGCUCGGUGGCCUGCACCGGCAUUAUUAUGGUCUCGCCACCGGAGAGCUCGGAGGACGACGAAGCUCACAACAACAGAGCCUCCCAAGACGUGUUCCAGACCCCACCCGAAUACUCAUACCCGCCAACCUCCGAAGGGAAAACUCCGUUGCUGGAAGUUAAUACGAGCGACGACGAUCCUCCGUACGAGGAUGUUGGAGACGGGAGAGGCGUAAUCGUGGCCUUCGGCGAAGGUACGGGUGCGGUGGAUUUGGGAGGGGACACGGAUCUAGGGUUUGCAGAGGCUGCAGCGGUGGAAUGUAGGGUUUUGAGUAGGGAAUUGUCCCCGGAAGGCGGUUUACUGGAACCCCCAUUGAAGAAAUUGAAGGAUUCAGAGCACAAUUUGGGAAAAUUUGAGCCCUCCUGUAGUUCCACUGAAAGUCUCGAAAUUGACGAUUGCGAUGAGAGUUCGGGUGAGGAAGGUUCGGAGGAAAGGAAGCUGAACUCUUCUGACAACGAGAGCGAGAGUGCUGUCGAAGAAACUCAAUCGAACAGUGAUGAAAAAGACAGCGUUGUGGAGAUGGAGGAUGGCGGCCAGGAAUGCCUGGAUGAUGUGAUGAGUACACCAAAUGUGACUAUUGAGGAAUUGCGGCGAAUAGACAGCCCGUGGCGAGGGCGGGCUCUGCCACGAUCGAUCGUGCAGCCCGGUUCUAGUGCUAUGGAUGGGGAGGAUAUGGUGCAGAAUGAGGUUGCUAUAUUGGAUGUGUUGAAACUUCUGAAAGACAAGUAUGAUGGUGAUGGUGAUGAUGUGGUUGACAAUGGUAGUUUUUGGGAGAUAAGUAGGCGUCGAGGCAUGACUUUUCCCCGGCCAUCGUGGUGGCCAGAAGGCGGGUUCUGAUUUGAAGAAGAGUCAAGUUUGACGAGCAGCAGCAUUGAAACAGAGGUAGGACUUUUGGAAUUUGUAAAUGGGGGGUUUAUUACUAAAGUCAGGAUGAAACAGCUACUUUUAGUAUAGAAAGUCUUGCUUGUGAAUUGGGUUGCAUCAAUUUCUUGUAUUACAUUUAUGUCUAACCUUCUUGGUCUUUUUGCGUUUAUUUAAAAAGAACACAUUGCUCAGGCUUUCUUCUUUUGAAGUUUCACAAUUUGGAAAAAUAUAUCUUUUGAAAG